AUCUGGGGGUUUCUACAAAGGAAAGUGAAGAAUUGGUGCACGUCAUGUGGCAAUGAACACCAAGCCCUACGUUUUCACUAGAAGAAGCCACUAGCAGUGGCUCCUUUCUAGUGGAGCCACUAGAAGGGACAACCAGCUCCAAUGGGAGCUGGGAGCCAAUGGGAGUUUUGGAGCUGGUAAACUUGGUGUUAACAGCAGCCCGGAGUGUCUCCUCAUCUCCAAAUGCACCACACGUUCCCUCUUAGCUCCCAAACAGAUGUCCAGGCUGGUGCUGUGGGUCAAUAUUUGCCUGCCAGAUUCUGGAACGGGCUGUGCUGAAGGUCACUGCGGCGGGUAGGAGGGGUGGGCUGGACCAUGGGCUGUGUUUGCUCCAUGCAGAGCUACCAGCCAGGCUAAAGGGAGUGCCAGCUCCAAGGUGGACACCAACAACCUCAGGACACGUGCUGAGAAACUGCUCUGGUAUUUUCUACCUGCAAAGUCCCUCCCAAAGAGCAUUUGCUGAGUGCCUGGAGCUCCUGAGGCAGCAUUGUUCAUCUCCCCAGUGCUUUCUGCAAGCUCCUGUGCCAACCUGUUUGGCCAGGUUGAUGAUUUUCUCCCUGCAGACCUGAAGAGGCUCAGCUUUGCUGCUGCCAGGCAGCUGGAAAGAACUUCUCUCUCGGCUGGUCCUUCUGUUCCAGAAACAUGGUGUUCUUCUGGGCUCUGCUGCUGGUCUGCCUGCCUGCUCUGCACAGUCACCUCAGGUUUUUUUCAGCACAAGCCAUGGAGCAAAAGCGUCUCUUCUUAGACAAAGAUGGGAAGCUGAAGGAUGUGAAAACUACUGGAAUUGUCCAGUCUGCUCUGCCAGAGGCCAUUCCAACCCUGCUGAACACAGAGCUGGCAGACCUUACCUCUGACCCCUUCCAGGAGAUUGAUGGACUCAUGUUACCUUCCACCAGCACACUGUCAGGCACAAGGAACAGCUGGAGCUCAGAGGAUGAAGUCCUAGCUGGGGCUGUGGGCUGUCAGCAGCAGCAACCAUCUGAGGAGACUGCCUCUUCUGAAGAGGAAGUAGAGGCUGAAGGGAAAACCUGUGAGAUGACUUGGAAGAAGAGCCAGAGGCUAGCAGAUGGUUUGAUGAGAUUCAGCAUUGAUCUCCUGAGAGAGGUCCAGCUGCAGUCCAACAGAACCAACCUGAUCCUGUCCCCCCUCAGCAUCGCCCUCGCCUUGUCCCACCUGGCACUGGGAGCAGCAAAUCAGACGGAGAAGCACUUGCUGGAGGUGACACAUCUGGAGUGGGUGCCCUGUCUCCACCACAGGCUGGGCACCCUCCGCAGAAGGCUCACAGAGUCCACCCUCAGCCUUGCAGCACGUCUGUACCUGCAGAAAGGAUUUGAGGUGAAAGAGAAGUUCCUGGAGGAUUCAGAGAAAUUCUACGGGGCAAAGCCCAUGGCCCUUUCUGGGAUCAGUGAGGAUGACCUCGCAGCCAUAAACAAGUGGGUAAAGGAAGCAACUAAUGGGCAAAUACCCACCUUCCUCCAGCAACUCCCUGAGGACACAGUGAUGCUCUUGCUCAAUGCAGUCCAUUUCCAUGGGUUCUGGAGGACUAAGUUUGAUGCUAGUUUCACUGGGCCAGAUGUAUUCCACCUUGACAACGAGUUUGUGGUCCCAGUUGAGAUGAUGAAAGCCCAGCAGUACCCCCUGAGCUGGUUUACUCUGGAGUCCCAGGACAUCCAGGUGGCCAAGUUUCCCUUUAAGAGUAACAUGAGUUUUGUGGUCCUUGUACCAAACCAGUAUGGUUGGAAUACCUCUCAUGUGCUGGAGAACUUCCCUUAUCAACAGCUAUGCAGGCUUUUCCCCAAGGAGGUACCCACCACAGUGAAGAUGCCCAAAAUAAAACUGGAAUAUGAGCUGGAACUCAACAAGGUUCUCAGUCAAAUGGGCCUCCAGGAGCUGUUCAUGAACCCAAACCUUCAAAAGAUCACAGAUGAGCCUCUCUCUGUAUCCAGUAUCCAGCACCAGUCCACCCUGGAGCUUCAGGAAGACGGGGUGGAAGCAUCUGCCACCACCAGCGUCGCGCUUUCCCGCUCGGUCUCUGCCUUCAGCCUUGACCGGCCCUUCCUCUUCCUCAUCUUUGAAGAUGAAGCAGGCAUCCCACUUUUCAUAGGCAGUGUCCAGAAUCCAAACCCCAAUGCUGCUCCCCAGGUCAAAGAGCCACAGGACUGGCGUGAAGGAACAGAUGUCAGGGAGCACCCCAUGCCCAAAUAAGAGAGGGGCAGAGCCUGAGUGUUCUGGGACUGCUGCCUGACCCUUGGGACCAGCUGAGAGAGGCCUCUUGUCCUCAGAGACCUCCCUCUGAGGCCACAGGAGGCAAUCCCUUGCUGUUUUCCUUUACAGAUCCCUAGAGACCAGCCCUGGGAUAGCCCAUUCCAGCCUUGAUGAGCAUCUCCAGGCUGGGAUUCCCCUCUUUUGAACCUGACAAACUUGCUCUGCCUGAAUUUCCCUUCCAGGGCUCUCAGUCCUAGAAGGGAGACCUCCUUGUCCCUAGGCUCUUAUUAGAGUCUUUAUUAAGCUCCUAUCAGAGUCCCCCAUAGCCUGGAAUCAUCAUUAGCAUCUGGCAGCUUGGACAACAGCCAGAGAUAUUAAUAUGGCUCUUCCUUCUGCAGUUCCUGGGAACACGUGUCCCUCAAAACCUUCCUCUGAAAACCAUCUGUAGCCACCUAGAAAAAUGACCUCUAGAUCAACUGGACUAGUAACAGUUGUCUUCUCUAGGAUGUGUCACAGCCAUUUCCAGGCACAGGCUCUUUUCAAAGAUUCCCUUUUCCCACCCUUUGGCUGUUGGGAUCUGAUGUGGGAGGGUCUGCACUGGGAAACCCCUUUGGAUCUUCACCUCCACCCCUUUGGCCAGGAAACCCUAGGUCCUUGGGUAGUGCUGCAUUUUGAGACAUAUUUUAUAAAGUGUUUUUUUAGUAAUGUUUAUGUUGGCAGAAUAAUAAAGAGUAAAGCAGGAUA